UAGUAGGUUACUUACAGCUGCCUUGUAUAUGGGUGUACAAUUUUGAUAAUAUUCAAAAGACGUGAAAUUGUUUGUUACAUAUUUUUUAUAACUUAAGUGAUUAAUUUUAACUUUCUCUUUUUAUUUAAAAUCCAAUUUUAUUAACAAUGUCUGACGAAGAGCUACCUGCCGGAUGGGAGAAACGACUCAGUAGAUCUACCGGACAACAUUAUUAUUUAAAUACACAUACAAAAGAAAGUCAAUGGGAUAGACCUGAUAAACCGACAGAACAAUCUGGAAAUGGUACCGACAGUGGCCCUGAUGAAGUUCAAUGUUUUCACCUUCUUGUAAAACACUCAGGUUCUCGAAGACCAUCGUCAUGGAGAGAAGAAAAAAUCACCAGGUCUAAAGCAGAAGCUUUGGAACUAAUCAACUCUUAUAGAGAGCAACUUGUAUCUGGAAAAGUAAAAUUUUCUGAACUUGCAUCACAAUACAGUGAUUGUAGUUCAGCGAAACGAGGAGGUGACCUUGGACCUUUUGGACGAGGUGCAAUGCAAAAACCAUUUGAACAAGCUGCAUUUGCUCUUAAAGUUGGUGAACUUUCUCAAGCCGUUCAUACAGAUAGUGGAAUUCAUUUAAUUCAGCGAGUCGCAUAAAAAUUGUAUACGCUAUAACAACAACAACAAUAACAAAUAAUCAAUUAUUAUUUAUGAGUAUCCAUGAUUAAAUAACUCGUGAAUUUUGAUUGUAUUUAAAUUGCAAUGGGCAAAUAUUAAUUCAAAUUUGUUUCUCAAAGCAUAA